UCAAGCACACCCGGGGGGUUCCGGGCUGGGGCAGGGACCAGCUAACACAGUGCUGGCUCCACUUGCAGCUGUGUCAGUGACCGAUGUGGACCUGGAGGCAGGGGGAAGCAGGAGGCUCCUGUCCCAGCAGGACACCCAUGAGGGAUACGUGGAGCUGCACGAGCUGGUCCUGGACAAUGCAAAGGACUUGUGCUGGAUGGAGGCCGGCCACUGGCUCCAGCUGGAGGAGGACUUCCAGGAAUCAGGGGACUGGAGCCAGCCCCAUCUCUCCUUCCUGACCUACCACAGCCUCCUGGAGAUCCGCCGGGCUUUGAGCAAAGGUGCCAUUCUCCUCGAUGUGGAGGCCAACGCGCUGCCGGCCAUCGUCCACAUCGUCCUGGACCAGCUGAUCUACGAGGGGCAGCUGAAGCCGCAGGACAGGGACGAUGUCAUGAGGACGCUGCUCCUGCGCCACAG